AUGGAUCCACAGGGAGCUUUGGGGUACGUUUGCCUGCUCUGCUUUUCCUUCGGGAGAGCUGCAAAAGGGGACCUGCAGCCACUUUCAUUCCAGCCUGGCACCCUGUACCAGUACCACUACUCCCUGGAUGUCCAGGUGGACCAUGCAGCCACAGCAUCCCCACGAGGAGCCUGGCUGAAGGCUGAGGCAUUGGUCCAGGUGCACCAGCUCUGGAGGGACCAAGGGGGAGAAGAGCUGCUCCAGGUGCAGAUCCGUGACCUGAGAGCCCAGCAUGAGUCAGAAGAGAAGAGGAGCCCGGGCGGCUCCGGAGGCCUCCCUGCAGAGAUUGCACUGAGCCAGGAGGCACAAGCAGAGCUCCAGCAGCCAAUGUUCAUCUCCUGGAGCAGUGGGAAGGUCAAAGCCUUCUAUGGGGACGAAGCAGAGAGCAUCCUGAUCUCCAACCUGAAGCGAGGGGUCAGCAGCCUGCUCCAGCUCCAGCCCCACGCUGGCACCACAGUGGAGGAGGACAGCUCUGGGCGCUGCCGAGUCGCAUACUCCGUGUCCAACCACUCCAUCACAAAGAUGAAGGAUCUCCUCAGCUGCACAGGGACCAAGCCUGGAUUCACCUCUGUUAACAAAAUUUUUGGAGUCGAGUGGCAGCCCAGCAGCAGCAGCCAGUACCUGGUGAAAGACAACCUCCUGCAGUCGGUGCUGGCAGAGGAAAGCCACCUGCUGGCUCCAGCCCUGAGGUCCUCCACUGGCAUCAAAAUCACUUCCAGGCAGCAGCUCCAGCUAGAGUCUCCUCCAGUGCCUGGCCCGGCAGAGGUGGCUGGACAAAGCCUUGAAGAUGUGCUGGCUGGCAUGGAAGGCCAGCACCAGCCCCUGGGCAUGACCAGCCUGCCCUUCAGGAGGGUCUGCACCCACUGCCCAUCGCUGAGAACCUACCUGAAGAGCUUUGGCAGCCAGAGGAUCAAAACAGGCACCUGGGAGGUGGCGACCACGUGGCGGUUCCAGAGGGUCAUCCAGAUGCUGCGUGGAGCCAAGAAGAGAGAGGUGCUGCAGCUGCUGAGGAGGGCACCUGAGGAGAUGCUCCCCUUCCUGGUGGAGGCAGCCGUGGCCGCGCAGUCGGUGGCCUCCUUGGCAGCUCUCUCAGACUUCCUGGAUUUCAACAAGGAGCCCAAGCUGCUGCUGGAGAAGUUCCUCUAUGCAGCAGCCUUCUCUCCCCGGCCUUCAGGAGAGCUUCUCCACCUGGUGCUGGCCAAGCUGGAUGGGAAGCAGCUGGCCCCUGAGCUGCAUGAGACAGGAACAGUUGCCCUGGGCGCUCUGGUUGGCAAGCUUUGCCAGCAGAAGCUGUGUGGCCUUCAGGAGGUGGAGCGUGGGGUGGAAACCAUCCUCGGGGGGCUACGAGGUGCCAAGGAGGAGUCUGAGGUGGUCAUCUACCUGCUGGCCCUGGGGAAUGCAAGGCUCCCCAGAACCAUCCCCACCCUCCUGGGCCACGCUGAGGAGGGUCCUGCUGCCGUCGCCACCGCAGCCAUCUCUGCCCUGCGGCGAUUCCCUGCUCAGCACAUCUCCGGCGAGGUGAAAGGAGCAAUGAGGAGGAUUCUCCACCAAAAGAAGAGGAGCUACAGCCAGCCCUGCCGCCUGGCCGCCGCCGAACUCCUACUGGAGAAGGAGCCCUUGCCCAUGGAUGUCAUCAACAUCCUGCUGGCCACCCAGGAGAUGGAGACAGAGAUGGCAGCCUUCCUGCUGCUGAAGGUCCAGAGCGACCUCCAUGCUGCCCACCACCCAGCAAGGAAGAUCAUGAAAGAGAUCCUGAGAGAGCCACGAAUCAAUAAUUACCACUUCUUCUCCAAAGCUGGUGUCUCCUCCUCCUUCUCAGGACCUCUGACAGUCACCCAGGACCUGCUUUCCACCUUUGGGCUGGACCUGCUCUUUCUGGAGGGUGGCUUCCCGAGGAGGAGCAUCUCUGAGUUCUCACUGCUCAGCCGUGGCCAGCAGCUCCAUGCAGCUCAGGUCACUAUUGAAGCCCAAGGGAUGGAGUCAAUGCUGGGAGAAAAUGUCCUGGAAGGGGAGGAGGAGCCAGAGCUCAUGGCUGGGAUGUCUGCCAUCUUCUUUGACGUCCAGCUGCGGCCCAUCACCUUCUUCCAGGGGUACACAGACCUAAUGUCCAAGGUCCUGCUGAGCAGUGGAGAACCCACAAGUGUGGUCAAAGGCAACCUCCUGCUGAUGGACCAUCACCAGAUGAUUCCUCUGCAGUCUGGCCUCCAGGUGGCCAUCAAGCUCCAGGGUGGGCUGGGGCUUGACAUUUCAGCUGGCUUGGACUUGAGCAUUUGGGAGCAGGAACUGAAAACCAGCAUCAGCACCAGGGGAAGCCUGGCCAUUGAUUUCCAGGCAGAACUAGAUGCCCCUUUCCUCCAAGCCACCUUGAGAAGCCAGACAGAGGUGGAGACCUCAAUCCACUUCAACACCAUGCUGAGGUUUUCUGGCAGCCCAGUGCUCAUGUGCCUGCAGCUGAGCAAGGAGCAGGUGCCCUACAGGGAGAUCUUCACAGUGUCCAGGUGUGCCGGGAGGCAGCGCAGCAGCGUUCGGAAAGGCAGGCAGGGCAGCGUGCCUGGCAGGCAGCUCGCCUUGCACAGGGCCAACUCCAAGCUCUGCCACCUCCUGCUGACAGCA